GUUUUCUUCUCGAGUCAAUCCCAUAGAAGCCCUAAUUUCACUAUCAACGUUCUCUCUCUCUCUCCUGCAAAUCGAACCCGAGAUGAGUGACUCAGACGAGGAGACGAUGGCGACCGCCCACUUGCAAUCUAUACGCCAGCGGCGAAGGCCGCCUCAUUCAAAGCGGAGGGCUUCCAGGGAUUCAGCGGCGAAGGGUAAGACGAAAUCGACUACUUGGGACGACGACCAGGAGAUGAUCACCGAGGACGCGGGUAGUGCGAACCCGGUUGAGCUAAAGGAAAUGGAGGAGGUGAUGAUUUUGAAGCACGCAGCGGCGAAGAUGGGGGUAAAGCAGAUGUCAUCGACGGCUUACUUGAGUGAGUCAGAAGAGGAGGCAAUGAUUAUGUCCCAAGAGCAAUCUAUUCGUUUCCUGAAGGAAAUCACAGACACCGACCUCGAGAUUGAAGGCAGCCGGCGGCGAAAGCCUCCUCAUCUGGUGCGGAGGGAUUCCAGGGAUUCAAGGGUGUUGCCAAAGAUGAUGUGGUACAAACCGCAGAAUAGAUUGUUUAUGACCAAGGAGGAGGGUGAACGCGCCCAAGAGGAAUUUUUACUCUUUGUCGAUAGUCUUUUGAAGGCCAAGGAGGAGGCCAUUGUUUUGGAGAAGCCAUCACAGGGCCUCAAGUUACAAAACUAAUUUCUACUCUUUCGUUUUUGGGUGCUGAUGCUCCACUGACAUAUCAUCGGAAACGUUUUUGGGGUUUGUGAAGGCCGCAUUUCUUUCGUUGGUGUUGUUGUAUGUGGCGAAUUAUUGGACAUGUUGUUGUAUCAUGUAUCUUGAAAAUUUCAAAAUGUUAGCGAUCGA